UUUGGGACGGUAGUUUACGUGCCCGGGGAGUUGCGACGACUUGUACUUUAGCACUUGAAUGCAUGCUUAAAAAGUAAGAAGUGUCGUUAGUGUGGAGUGGGGCUGGUGGAGAGUGCGGUGAAUGUGCCGUUUUGAAACCAAAGGACAGUAAACGCGUCCUCUCUCCCGGAACGAGCCUCUCCCGCGGCCCGGCGGCCGCCUCUGGACGGUCCGGAGAGAACAUGGCGGCCCCCGGCCCCCGGGGCUGCAGCCUUUCGGGCCUGCUCCCGGCUCAGACCUCGCUGGAGUACGCCCUGCUCGACGCCGUCACCCAGGAGGAGAAGGACAGCCUGGUCUACCAGUAUCUGCAGAAGGUGGACGGCUGGGAGCAGGACUUGUUAGUGCCCGAGUUUCCGGAAGGAUUAGAAUGGUUGAACACAGAAGAACCUAUUUCUGUCUAUAAGGAUCUAUCUGGAAAAGUGGUCGUCUUUGAUUUCUUCUCCUACUGCUGCAUAAACUGUAUUCACCUGUUGCCUGAUCUUCAUGCAUUGGAACACACAUACUCUGAUAAAGAUGGCCUUCUGAUUGUUGGUGUUCACUCAGCUAAGUUUCCAAAUGAAAAAGUCCUGGAUAGCAUUAAGAGUGCUGUUCUUCGAUACAACAUCACCCACCCUGUGGUUAAUGAUGCUGAUGCCAGCCUUUGGCAAGAGCUGGAAGUUUCCUGCUGGCCAACUCUCGUCAUACUGGGACCCCGUGGAAACAUGUUGUUCUCUUUGAUUGGAGAGGGACACAAAGAUAAAUUAUUUUUAUAUACUUCAAUAGCUUUAAAGUAUUACAAAGACAGGGGACAGAUCAAAGAUAAUAAAAUUGGAAUAAAACUCUAUAAAGAUUCUUUGCCGCCUUCACCAUUGCUAUUUCCUGGCAAAGUAACAGUAGACCGUGUUACUAAUAGAUUGGUGAUAGCAGACACUGGACAUCAUAGAAUUUUGGUUGUCUGGAAGAAUGGACAAAUUCAGUACAGCAUUGGAGGACCCAACCCUGGAAGAAAAGAUGGAACAUUUUCAGAGUCAACUUUCAAUUCACCACAGGGUGUGGCCAUAAUGAAUAAUAUCAUCUAUGUAGCAGAUACUGAAAAUCACCUUAUCAGAAAGAUUGACCUGGAAGCUGAGAUGGUGAGCACUGUAGCUGGCAUUGGAAUUCAAGGUACAGAUAAAGAAGGUGGAGCUGAAGGAGAACAGCAGCCCAUUAGUUCCCCUUGGGAUGUGGUUUUUGGAACAUCAGGUUCAGAGGUCCAACGAGAUGACAUUCUGUGGAUAGCCAUGGCAGGGACUCAUCAGAUAUGGGCACUCCUGUUGGACUCUGGCAGACUACCAAAGAAAAAUGAGUUAAAAAAAGGAACCUGCCUUCGGUUUGCUGGAAGUGGAAAUGAAGAGAAUCGAAAUAAUGCAUAUCCUCACAAGGCAGGUUUUGCCCAACCUUCAGGUCUUUCUGUGGCCUCAGAAGAUCCCUGGAGCUGCCUGUUCGUAGCAGAUAGUGAGAGCAGCACCGUGAGAACCGUCUCACUGAAGGAUGGAGCCGUGAAGCACCUUGUGGGAGGAGAAAGAGACCCCAUGGACUUAUUUGCUUUUGGUGAUGUUGAUGGAGUAGGAAUCAAUGCAAAGCUUCAGCACCCACUUGGAGUAACUUGGGACAAGAAAAGGAAUUUAGUUUAUGUGGCAGACUCUUAUAAUCACAAGAUUAAAGUUGUGGAUCCCAAAACGAAAACCUGUACAACAUUAGCAGGAACUGGAGAUGCAAGUAAUGUUAUCAGUUCCAGUUUUACUCAGUCAACUUUUAAUGAGCCAGGAGGCUUGUGUAUUGGAGAGAAUGGUCAGUUAUUAUAUGUAGCAGACACCAAUAAUCAUCAGAUUAAAGUGAUGGAUUUAGAAACAAAAAUGAUUUCUGUGCUCCCACUCUUCACAUCUGAAAACACUGUGGUAGAUGGCCCAUUCCCAGAAGAAAAACAGAAGACAUUACCCAGACUACCUAAAUCUGCUCCAGCCGUUAAACUCUCCCCAGUGGCUGCAUCUCCAGGACAGACUCUUCAGUUCAAGCUGAGAUUAGACCUCCCAUCGGGAGCAAAACUAACUGAAGGAGCACCCAGUUGCUGGUUUCUAACAGCUGAAGGCAAUGAAUGGCUUCUUCAAGGACAGAUACCAUCUGGAGAAAUAGAGAGCAUUUCCAAUCAACCCACAAUCUCACUACAGAUUCCUGGAGAUUGUGUAUCGCUUGAAGCUGUUAUAUCUGUCAGCGUGUUUCUUUACUACUGUAGCGCAGACAGCAGUGCCUGUAUGAUGAAGGGAAUUUUGUUCAGUCAGCCUUUACAAAUAAGCGCUACGCAACAAGGUUGCAUAGCUCCAGUAGAGCUCCAAUAUGUAUUUUAGCAAGCAAGCUAGCAACUCACUCGCCACAGGCACCUGUUCGCCAUCCUUCCCGUCACUGUAUCUUAUGAAAAGAAACUUUAUUUCUGCCUCUGGAUACCAAGAAACCCAUUGCUGAGUUCUAGCCACUGAUCUUAAAAUAAAGCUAUGCUCCUUAUUUAUUUAUUAUAAACAGAUUCCUUCAUUCUGGGUGUGUUCCAGCUGAGUCGUUGACCAUUAUUUGAACCAUGAUUUUGUAAUCGAUGCUGCUAUUUGGCACAAGACUUAAGUCCACACUACAGUAUAGGAUAUUAUCAUGAGAUAAUUUGCAGUAGAUACUGAUAACAAUAAUGAUACCAAAUAUCUUAACUAACUUUUUCUACCUUUAUUAAUUGUGAACAGCACAUUUGAAUGUGUAAAUUUCACAUUCACCUUACAGGGAACCUAAGAUCCAGUCCACAUGUCAGUAUAAGGACACCUGCCAUUCAAGGCAUAAGGUCUGUUUUAAGCCAAGACAAAAAAGGUCUUUUCAUCACAAUAGGGGUUUAAAGAGUACCUAGGUGGUAAAUAUGUUUGUUGUUCUCUUCUAUGGUUUUCUUGGUUGAGAUAUAUUUAAAAGAGAAUUUCAGUCUAUUUUUAUUAUAAAUUAUUUGCUAUUUUAACAUACCAUUAUUAAUGCCUUAUAACUCUAUAUGGAAGAAGUUAAAGAUAGAGUCUCUAAAGACAUACAGACUCAUUCCUUUUACUUUCUUCUGAAUGAACACAGUCUUACCAGAUAGUGAAUGCGUCCCCAGAAAUAUUGAGUUUCAAGAAGAGAGGGCCCGAGGGACACAUUUCUGUCUGUGAUACUAUUUAAUGAUAAAGAAUUAAUUGUGACAGCUGAAUCUGAUGUAAAUGGGUAUGUAUGUUGUCUUAGAAAUUUACAUUUCACCUGUAAGAAUUGAAUGCAGAUUUGUUGAAUUUUGGGUUUUUUGGUUCCCAUAUUCAGAAUUUAAAUUAUGAUCAUUUAUUGUGAUGUCUUUAAAAAUCAUUUUUAAGCCUUCAAAGUGAAAAUUUCAAUGUGAAGCACUUUCAUGGUGUUAAUGUGUAUAGUAAUCCUAAUAUAUUACUCUUUAAAAUAUUUAGGCUGAAACAUAUAGUGACUUGAUGACACUGUUUCGGGGUUUUUUUUUAAACCCCAAAAGAGAUAGCUACUAGAAGUACUGAAAGUUUUUUUAUUACCAUAAUUUUUCUUUAUGACUAUUUAAAAGUCUAUUCUUGUUUUUACUAAAACUGAUUCAACGUGUUUGUUAUUUAAUCAGCUUUACAAGAUUUUAAAAAUGUCAAGUGAACCAUAUUUAUUCAAUAAAUAUUUAUAGACAAUAUGCCAUAAUAUGCCUUCCUCCCCCCUUCAAAAACAAUGCUGAAUUUGAAGUGUAAUCUUUUAAGCAUCAUCAUCUGCCCGUUUCUUCAUGUUUUUUUGAAAUAUAGUUUUGAACAUACUGUUUGCUGUUUUUAUUCAGGUUACCUAAAUCUCUGAAGGAGGGAAAUACAUAGAUCAUGACUCUCAUUUAAUUUGCACCCCGCUAAAGCUAUUUUUAGAGAGAAGUAUAAAUGUAAAGUUAAAAGCAAUCCUAUUUGAAAUUAUAUAUAAUUACCUCAUAAACCUUUUCUCUCCACAAAAAAAAAAUGUGUUGUUCUGUAAUAAAAGGAUAUAUGAUAUUAAUAUUCUCUUUUAUGGAGAAUAGGCCGUAGUCAUUUUUUAAUCUCGUUUGAUUAUUAUACUUCUCAUUUCCAGUUGGACAAGAUGAGGAUAUUUUGGCUUAAUCUUUUCCUAUUGAAAGACAUAAACAGUUUCACUCUCUAAAGGAAGUAUAUCUACUUUUAACUUGCUAAUUCAGAAAUACCUGAUAAUUAAUUUUUCAAUAUUAUACACAAACACACAUACAGUAUAUAUUUUCAUGUACACUAAAAAUCCAAAAUUAUUUCUUAUAAUCUAUUAAUAUUCCCUUUGUCUAGACAAAGUUUUAGGUUAGUAUUAAGCUUAUACUUAAGUUAACUUUCAAAGUACAAUUUUAUUGAACAUUCUUAUUCUUAGUCACCAGUUUGCAUUGUUUACAUUCAAAAUAUUAUUUAUAUGGGUUAGUAUGAUUUUUUGUAAAUCAUGCUAAAGCAAUAUAAAUAGGUUCCUAGAAUUUCUGACUAAUACAAACCUCUUACAUAGAGGAAGCAGCAGAACGUUUAUUUUGAAAAACUUCUUAAUCCUUGUAGGCCUUCAGUUUUCUAUAAGGACUCCUGUAUAUUUUUUUUAACUUUUGCUUUUAUUCAUGCAUAAAUUUUUAUGUCCAAUGCUAGUUUGAAAAGAGUAAAGUUGUAGUGUAAGUCACCUUAAUCGAAGUGCCAGUAAUGUGGCAUUACACGCACUUUGACAUAAUACCUAGAAUCUUUGCCCUAGAUUAUUCUGCUGCUUUGUCACUAUUUUUUCUGUCACUUUUUGUGGUAUCAUUUCACAAGUAGAGUUGUUUGUUCUGAAUUUAUGCUCAGGAUUGAUAUGGUCCCUGAAAAGAGUUGUGCUUAUCUUGAAUAUGCUGUCCCAAGCAAAUAUGUAAGCUAUUCACAAGGGAAAGCUACAGUUUCAUCACAUGUGAGGGUCACUUUGGCAAAGUUCAAUGACUAAAAAACAAUUUUCUCCUUAACUGUGCUAAUAAUAUAUUUAGUUAUAGUAUUAUCAGGCCUGCAGAAAGCUAUAAAUCUUAAGAUAGCCAAAAAAAAGUUUAAUGUGUGUGGAUCAGCAUAUGUGUCUCUGUCUAUAAAUGUAUGUGUGUAUAUAUAUAUACAUAGACAGAUACAAAAGAAUUUAUCGCAUAAUUUUCUCUCAUGGCCAACGUACUGUUGAGCUACUGAGUUUAGUUACUCUCUGCUUGUUUUUCCACAGUUGGGAAAUUGGGGAAGAAAUCAAAAAUAUGUAUCUCUGUAAUAUACUUUUAUGCUUGCACAAAAGUUACUACUAGUUUAUAUCUGCCAGUUAAGACUUCAGCCUAGCCAUUGUAUGUGGCUUUCUGUUUAAGAACAAUCAUCAAAAACUAAAUUCCAUAGUUCACAGUUACAUAAAAAUAUAGGCAGAGGGACUGUGUCUGCAGUGGUUCUCCUGAAUGGUGGAAUUAUGGCUAUUUUUAUUUUAAUUCUACUUUUUUGGUUUUUUUUUUCAGUGAGCCAUGUGUUAUUUUUCCAGAAUUAAAGAUUCACAAUGAACUGCCUAGGAAGCACUUAUUUUGAGUACCUCUUUCUUCUAGAGUCACUUGUUACAAAGAUCAGAACAUAGUUUGGAGCUCUUUGAUCCAGCAGUUCUCUGAAGUAUGUGAUUUGGUGAAGACAGGAGUGCUGAUGGCCCUUCUUCUGGUGUUUGCUGGUGUCCUGUGGUGUAGUGGUAAAGGGCGUGGGCUUUGCAGUCCCUUGGAUUCUAACCCUAUAAUUGGGGCUACUCUACCUGCCCCUGUUGCUUUAAGGAUUCAAUGAAGUCGUGUUUGUAAAGCAUUUAGUAAUUAAUGAAACUGCUAGUUAAUGGUUUAGUUAAUAAUAAUGAUAGUAUUAACUUAUGGCCAUAAACACAUGGCUUGACAUUUUUCUUGCAACUGCAAUUUCUAAAGUAAAUUCUUUCUCUACCAACUAUUUGCUAUGUUAAUGCUCUCCACAGAGUUGGGAUUCAAAACAAGAAAUACAAUUUUAUAAUAAAGCAUAUUACUAUUUUAUAAAGGAUAUUAUUUAUAAAGAAGCAUACUUACAGUUUUAUUAAUUUUUUUAAAAGGCCUUCUGGACCUGUGAGUAAUAAACUUCCUUUGAGAGGGUCGAGACAUACUCCCCCUGAAUCACAUGCCUAUCCCGUACUCUGAUGGCGCUUCACAACAUCUUCCCAGUGCCUUUAUGCAUUUUGCCUCAUAUGAGCUUCGAAGUAACCUUAUGAAUCAGACAAGUAGAUGUUCUGUCCAUUUUACAGAUGAGAAAACAGCUUUAGGAUGUUGGUGGCAAAUCUCAAGAUCUGAGCUCCCAGAGCGCCUGAUGCUGGGCGGCGCCUGGGAUGAGCAGCUGUACUCAGCCCAUUUUGUUGAUGACUGAAGGGUGAACAGUGAGUGGCGGGUCUUUUAUUUGAACACAGGUCUCCUAAUUCCUAGCUCUACUCCUAGAUGUGGAGAGAAAACAAACCGUGGAAUUAAGAGACUUCUUCACUUUGUGACUGCUUUCUUAUUAAGCCUUUGCAGUAUUUAAAUAAAGGGAUAAGAAUAAUAGCCAGAUUUAUUGACUGCUUCCUAUGUGCCUGGCACUUUCCUGAGUGUUUUGUAUGUAGUAACUAUUUAAUCCUCACAACCACCUUAUGAGGGAGUUACUAUUUUUUUCUUAUUUCCCUGAUGAGGAAACUGAGACACAAAGUUAAGUUAUAAGCAGUCACAGCGACAUAAUCAAGAUCACGCAUUUAGGAAGUGGCCAAGCCUGGAUGAGUCCACUCAACCGCCAUGCUGCAUAGCCUCUCAAAGUACAGUUUUAAAAACAUAAAUCUUUCAUAGUUAUAUAUAGUAACUAUUCAAAGAACCAAAAAAGUCCUAGUGAUGAUUGUUUUUAAAGUUUAAAUUAAAUCCAUUUAAUUAUAUUAGCCUUUGACUUUUCAUUAUACACACUUAUCCUUCAGGGCUUGGAACAGUCUGUAUAAUUGUUGUUUCCCAAAAGAUUUUAUGUAACAUUCUUUGUUAAAUUCAGAUAUUAUCCGGAGUUUUUCUUGGCAGAUGGAUGUAAUAAAGAAUUAAAUAGCUUUUCAGUGUUAGUUCCAACACUGCUAUUUUUAAUUGGUCUUCAAAAGGUAAUUAUAAGACCUUGUCAUAAAGUGUAACUGAAUUCUUAGCACAGGACUGUCUCAGACCCUGAAAAGCUUAUUCAUAGUUAAGAAAAUUUUCUUUUAAUAACCAAAGUGAGCUCUAGAAACAUAAUAUUUGGCCAAUCUGUUAACACACAAAGUCCUCUGCUUACUUGCUUCAUAAAUAACACUAAGGUAUGUAGACCUCCACAGCAACCUAAAUCUAUGCAAUCUAUUGUAAUGUUCUCACCGGGUCAGCCUAUUGUUCCGGCUUUAGAUGCUAUUAAAAGGAGUGAAGUGAAAUGCUACAUACUACUGAUUAUGAUUCACGAUCAUCCAGGUACAGGAAUCUAGACAUCUUUUCGUUGUUAAAUAGUUUGCUAACUUAAAUAAUAUUAUUAGGAUUUGUUAUAAAAUCCCCUUCCUGAAAUCCAUAAGGAAAUGUACAUCAACUUAAAAAAGGUAAUAAUGUCGUACUUCAGAAGUAGAAUUCACUGUUAAUCACUAAGAUUUGCCCCUUUUUCUCCUCCUGUGGCACAUACAUAGUUUAUUUAAAUGAAGAAUUCACGCUAAUCCUAAAUCACUGUUUUGUCCUGAAUAAUUAAAAGUUUGCUUGUUUCCUGUCUCCUUGCAACAGAGUAGUAUAAAGAAUGAUAUUGAAAGUUAGAGACUUGACUAAUCCGCCCAUGUAUAAUCCAAGACCAGCAAACCAUGGUCCUUGCCCAUGGUAGCCGGCCAGUUAGACUGGCUGCCUCCAGCUUUCACUGAGCACGGAGAGCCUGGGUGAGGUGGAACGGGAGGCGGCGCUGGUCAGCUCUUCUGACUGCACCCAGUCUGUGUCUUAUGGUGCUGAUUUGGUUUAAUUAUUUUCAGAGGUUAGAGUUGGCAAGUGAAAACCCUAGAGACUUGUGGAAUCUUUGCCUAGUUAUAUUUAUUCAUUGUCUGGUGUGUCCCUCUUCUUCCCUGGCAUGUCACUCUCGAGUGUACCAAAGGAUGUUUUGUUCUGUUGAAAGCCCCACAACCAAAAGGAAAGAAUCACAGGUAUUUCCAGAGCCUUCCCAGCCCGUGCCAGCAACGGUGUACUAAAAAGCACUCAACAAGCACACAGCCGGCCGAGCAACCGCAGCGUCCAGAGCAUUUCCUAACUGUCAGGGCCUCCUAUGAAUUGCUUCCCCUUUAAGCCGCACCCUGUAGACCUGCUGUUGUCCGCUGAUACAGGGUUAAGCAAAAUAGUCUGAUUUUUUUAAUGUUGAAAAUUGGAAACUGCGUUAGAUGGGCAAACAGAAUUUAUUACCUUUUGCUUUUAAUACACUUGAUUACAUAUUUACAUUUGAAAUAAAGUGAAAUGAGACCUCAUAAUACUAAGAAGUAAAGAAAAAAAUCAGCCCUCAGAUUUAAAUGUGCCCAGUUUCAACAGUAUUUUUAUGAUUCUUUAUGUGCUAGGUUCAUGAAAAAUAUAUAUUCAAGUAUAUAGGGCAAAACAUCAGUUGAUAAAUUAUGGUAAUGAAGAAUAAAAAUAGACACGAGCCUUUCUGAAAAUGUAGGACUCUGCCAUGUAUCUGUCUUCUAUUUUUAGAGAUUGUAGUCAUUGUUCUCAGUCCCACCAUAAAUAUAUUCGUUCUGCAAGCAUGUACAGGAUGGGCUGCUGUUGUGUUCAUUACACGAUUCGAAACACACACAUUCUUGUUCAUGAAGAGUUGGAACGUCCUGUCCAUGCAUGUCUGUGAUAGGCAUCGUCCACAUCUACCUGUAGAACACGUACUCCUGUUCCUCUCCACACUAUAGGCUUCCCUCUCUUUAGAAACAGUAGUUUCUGUAGAAGUUUCAGUGAGGAAUGAUGGCUAUACAAAAAACAUGUAAUUUUGUGGUAAAUUUUUUUUUCUAGAAUUCCUAUUAAUAUCUCAGUUUCCAAAGGAGAACAGUACCCUAUGUGACUUUAAAAUUAAUUUCUCUCUACUUUGCAGUAUGCCUAUUAUAUUUUACAUAGGUUAAUUAAAAAAAGUUUGAAAUUCUCACUGUUAAGAUGUAUUGAGAGCCAGUUUAGAAAUGUUUUCUUUGCUGUCAUUACUUUACAUGUAGAUUGUGGACAAAUAAAAGUUUGCUGUGUGAUUGAGAUAGAGGUAUAUAUAUAAUCACUUUCAAAUUGUAACGUUUCAUAAAUUUGUCAAAUUUUAGGCUCUCAUCUUUUGUGUGGAUAAAGUCGUGACUUUAUUUCUGAGAACAGAGUUGGUCUGCUGUGCUGACUUCAUCUCUGUCAUUGCAAAGGAUUGAUGACACUUGUUUUUUUCUCCAAAGAUAAAAAAUGCAAUGAAAAUCCAGUUUACAAGUUCAUAUAUUGAUAUUUCCAGACAUGGUGUAGUUCUAAAAGAAUUUACUUGGUCUGCAUUUUUUAAUUGUUUCUUGUAGACAGAUUAAUAUAUUUUUAUACAACACUAUUUCUACAUUCAUUUCAAGACUAUUUUCAGUGACUUUUUCAAGUGCAUGUGUUAACAGCAGAUCGUUUGGAAUGAACGUGCAAUGGCCUUCGUUACCAACUCAAAAGAAGUGUAAUACAUGUGAUUAUAGAAGGAAUGUGUUUAUACUGUACACUGAAACCUAAUGCCUCUUUCCUAAAGCUUUGUACAUUUUUUCACAAAAUAGAUUAAAUAUUUUCUCUCUAAAA